AUGGUUCAAAUACAAGCGAGAUCCACCCUCGCUGCGGUGUCCAUUUUUGCAGGACUUUUUGCAAAGGCACAAGGUAUCUCUCUCGAGGUGUCAAGCAACGGGGGAAAUGCCUCCAGUUCCCUUCUCUACGGCUUCAUGUUCGAGGAUAUCAAUCACUCGGGAGAUGGAGGAAUCUAUGGGCAAUUGUUACAGAACAAUGGAUUGCAAGGCUCGAACCCAGACCUUACUGCCUGGGGUAAAGUUGGCGAUGCCACAAUUGCCGUGGAUUCCAAUAACCCUUUGUCAUCUGCAAUUCCGCAUAGUCUUCGGUUGGAUGUCCCCAAGGGAGCUGAUGGCUCAGUGGGCGUGACAAACUCCGGAUACUGGGGAAUCCCUGUUGAUGGGAAUGAUUUCCAAACUUACUUCUGGAUCAAGGGUGCCCUUGAUGGAAACGUUACUGCCAGACUUGUUGGGAAUGGUACUGGUGUUGAAUAUGCUUCGACUUCCAUCCCGGUUUCUGCGAACGACAAAGAGUUCACGUAUAUCGAAGCCACAAUCCCCACCACUAAGGCUCCUGAUGGCAACGUCUACUACGAGUUGAGUGUCGAUGGCAGUGAAAUUGCCGGGGGCUCUCUUUAUUUCGGCCUGGUUCAGCUGUUCCCCCAAACAUAUAAGAGCAGGCGCAAUGGCCUUCGACCUCAGCUGGCCAAUGCUUUGGAAUCUAUUAAAGGAUCUUUCCUCAGAUUCCCCGGUGGAAACAACCUAGAGGGCGCAAACGAAGGCAGACGGUGGAAGUGGAAUGAGACCAUUGGGCCAGUCGAAGACAGGCCUGGAAGGCAAGGUCUGGAUGAAUACUUCUAUUGGUGUGAGGACAUGAAUCUGUCACCCAUCCUUGGUGUCUGGGAUGGAUUUUCGUUGGAAUCCGGCGGAAGCACCCCUAUCACUGGAGACGCUCUUAAGCCCUACGUGGAAGAUGUGUUGAACGAGCUUGAGUAUGUGCUUGGUGACAGUAGUACUAAGUACGGGGCACUGAGGGUUGCAAAUGGCCGCAAAGACCCGUGGCCCCUCACUAUGGUCGAGAUCGGAAACGAGGAUAUGCUCGGAGGCGGCUGCGACAGUUAUGCGGAGCGAUUUACGGCCUUCUACGAUGCCAUCCAUGAGGCUUACCCCAAAUUGACUUUGAUUGCUAGCACAGAGGACCCUUCGUGUCUCCCUAGCUCGAUGCCCGAAGGGGCUUGGGUUGACUACCACGACUACAACACCCCGGACGGCCUGGUCGGUCAAUUCAACUUCUUUGACAACUUGGAUCGAUCAUUGCCGUAUUUCAUCGGUGAAUGGGCACAGAAGGGCGUGGAUUGGCCCAUCAUGCAAGGCUCAGUUGCCGAGGCUGUGUUCAUGAUCGGAAUAGAGCGCAACAGUGACGUCGUCAAGAUGGCUGCCUAUGCACCUUUGUUGCAACUCACAAACUCGACCCAGUGGACACCAAACCUCAUUGCAUUCACGCAAAGUCCUUCCAUGGUGAUUGAGACAAGCAGUUACUUUGUUCAGCAAAUCUUUUCCGCCAAUAGAGGAGAGACAAUCCGGGAGAUCACAAGCGAUUCUCAAUUUGGACCUGUCUAUUGGGUUGCAUCGAAUACCGAUGACACCUACUACGUGAAGCUGGCGAACUAUGGCAGCAAGACCGAAACUGUCAGCGUCAAAAUUGCAGGAUCUACCAAGGCUAAGCUGACAGUGGUUGCCAACAAUGACGCCAAUGCCGCAAACACAGACACAGAAACCCUCGUCACUCCAGUGAAUUCUGAAUUAAGCGGCAAAGAUGGCGAAUUCUCCUUGACUCUUCCCGCUUGGUCUGCUGCGGUUCUUGUUGCGAAUUAG